CUUAAAAAAAUAUUCAAAGGGAGUACUUAGCAACCCAACAAACACGUUCCUCUUCUAAACAAUACCAGAACAAAAGACGUUUCUCUGUUUGUCCUCGUUUUCACUUUAUAUCAGUUUCCAGUUGAAGCGCACUUUACGUUCUCAAUUGAGGCGACUUCUGGUAUUACUAUCCUCCACUGAAGCAGCUUUAAAGCUUUUUCAAUGCUGAAAGGAAGAAGGGUCGUUGGCAAGGGAGAGGCAAUGGCUGCUCACUAUGCUUUUGGUCCUCAUGAAGACGACGCAAUUAUAAAGCACAGGCUUCUCACUCGCACAACCACAACAAGAGGUGAACCUCCAUUGAAGAAGUUACAAAAGAAAUUUACUGCCUUUGUCGUUGAGGUUGAGAAGAAUGCAGAUAAUUACAAUGAUUGUGAGAGACUUGCGAAGACCUUUUUGCAGGAGCUUACCACUUUCGAGAUCCCAUUAUUGAAAAGCAAAGCAGUUGUUGAUGCAAAUGUGAGGGAAAAAGAGCAUUUCAACGAGUUGAAUGAUGAGAUUAAUAGCCAGAUUCUUCAGGUUCAUGCAGAAAUAGAAAACCUAAAGAAAGAACUUGAAGCCAGCAAGAUUGAGAGAAAGCACAAGGAGGAGUGUGAGAUGAUACGAAAACUAAUUGCCACACAGCCCCCUAGGUCUGAAACAGAGAAGAUGAUAGCUGAACUUGAGAAAGAGAUAGCUGCCUUGGAAGCAGAAGAUAUGGCUAGUACAAGGAUGCUGGAACUUCGCAAGAAACAGUUUGCUCUGUUAUUACAAGUGGUGGAUGAGUUGCAGGUAACAAUUGAAGAUGAACAGAGGAGUCUGGUGGAAGAGAUGAAAAAUCAGUCUGAAGAGCAGAAGGUUGGUCCACAAGAUCCGAGCGGGAGUGCAGAAGCCAUGAGCAUUGAUUAGCAAUUUACUGUGUUUGGUAAUCUGGGGCUUUACAAGUAAUUAUGUAAUAUUGUGAUCGAUAUAAUAUCUUUAUGGUCAUGCUCUGAGUGGGCAAACCGUUCGUGCUUUUGCAGGAUUAGGAAUCAUUUUGUACAAUUUGAAAAGAGUGAAUGCAAUCUGCAUUCUUUGCUGGAUAACUAGGAUCAUUUAGGUUGUUAGACUCUAAAAGCAUGCAAGCCAUAUUGAUCUGGAAUUCUGGAAAGGACUUCAUUUGAUCAUUCGUAGCCAGAAUGGCCAUACGUCAGUGUGGUUCUUGCAGCUCCUGAAGUUACACAAAAGCCAGUGAUGAAAGUAUUCCACAUGGAUGCUUUACUGGACCAUAUUAAAAUCAACUUACAACUUUUAGCCUCAAGAUGUCAUAUGUGGCCAAUAUGGGAACUUGGGAAGGAAAUUAUUCUUGUAUUUUCCCACAUUUUAUUAUAUGUAUGUACCAAGUACUAUGUAGGUUUGUUGCUUACAAAUUAAAAUCUUUAUUUUGAGAACAAGCUAUUCAAUAGACCAAUAUUAGUAAAAACUUUAAAGAGAGAUAAAAUAUUGAACAAC